CCGGAGCCGCCGCCCGUGGGGAGCAGGGGGGGGGAGAGGCCCGCGGCUCCCCCCCCUGCCGCCCGUCGGGUCUGGGGCCCCGGGCGAUGGCCGCGGAGCUGGCGAUGGGCGCCGAGCUGCCCAGCAGCCCGCUGGCCAUCGAGUACGUCAACGACUUCGACCUGAUGAAGUUCGAGGUAAAGAAGGAGCCGCCCGAGGCCGAGCGCUUCUGCCACCGCCUGCCACCCGGCUCGCUGUCCUCGACGCCGCUCAGCACGCCCUGCUCCUCCGUGCCCUCCUCGCCCAGCUUCUGCGAGCCCAGCCCCGGCACCGGCGGCGGCGGCACCGGCGGCGCGGGGGGCGGCGGCGGGGCUCAGGCAGGGGGCGCCCCCGGGCCGCCGAGCGGGGGCCCCGGUGCCGUCGGGGGCACCUCGGGGAAGCCGGCGCUGGAGGAUCUGUACUGGAUGAGCGGCUACCAGCACCACCUCAACCCCGAGGCGCUCAACCUGACGCCCGAGGACGCGGUGGAGGCGCUCAUCAGCAACGGCCACCACGCCGGCCACCACGGCGCGCACCACCCGGCGGCCGCCGCGGCCUACGAGGCCUUCCGUGGCCAGGGCUUCGCGGGCGGCGGCGGCGCGGGCGACAUGGGCGCGAGCCACCACCACCACGGCGCGGGCCACCACCACCACGGCGCGGGCCACCACCACGGCGCGGGCCACCACGUGCGCCUGGAGGAGCGCUUCUCCGACGACCAGCUGGUGUCCAUGUCGGUGCGGGAGCUGAACCGGCAGCUCCGCGGCUUCAGCAAGGAGGAGGUCAUCCGGCUGAAGCAGAAGCGGCGCACGCUCAAGAACCGCGGCUACGCGCAGUCGUGCCGCUUCAAGCGGGUGCAGCAGCGGCACAUUCUGGAGACCGAGAAGUGCCAGCUCCAGGGCCAGGUGGAGCAGCUGAAGCUGGAGGUGGCGCGCCUGGCCAAGGAGCGGGACCUGUACAAGGAGAAAUACGAGAAGCUGGCGGGCCGGGGCGGCUUCCCGCGGGAGCCGUCGCCGCCGCAGGCCGGGCCCGGCGGGGCCAAGGGCGCGCCCGGCUUCUUCCUGUGAGCGCCGGGCCCCGCGCCCGCGCCGCCGCCGCCGCCAGGGACACGCUGGCGCGGGCCUCCCGGGGCCUCGGCCUGGACACCGCGGCCCAGGACGUGGA